GAAAACGUGGGUAGUGAGCUCAUGGAGGCAGUUGGGGAGGAUGAGCUGGUUGCUGCCGAGAGGAGAAAGGUAAAAGAACAAUAGCAACCACAGCCCAGGGAAGAGAUUGUAGAGUUCAUGCCUCUGCCUCCUAUUGAGGGUGAGUCGUCAUCUCAAGAAGCAAGGGUUGCACAUCAAGGCAAAGGGAAGGGCGAUGUCCAUUUGCCAACGUCGAGCUUUUAUGAAGCUGGAAUGAGAAGCAUGACAAAGAGGUUCAUCAACACCUACUUCCCUAAGGUGGAUCGUCAACAGGCUCAAGACAAGGUAGCCCUUGAUGGGGGGGCUGCGAAUCUCAUUAACGCAUUGUCAAACAAGUUCUUCGAAAGCUUGAAGGAAAGGACUAGGAAAAUAUGCGAAGACAAGCUCGACAAGAAGGAGAUGGAGCUAGACGAAGUGAGGAAAGUUGCGGCUAACCUGGAGCUUCAAGUACACAACUCUGCUGAGAAAGUAAAAUUGCAAUAUCUUGAGGUUGACGUGACGAAAGUCACUUUCGAGGAUCAAGAAGGAGAGGUCAAAGAGAACGGGGAGAGCGGAACUGCUGACUUUUGACUUAAGAUCAAACUCAAAUGGGAUCGGGAUAGCCAAGGUCGAACAGUUUUUUCACCGAACUUCGACUUCAAAUUUGUGUCGGUAAAUGACAAAGAAAGUAGAGGUGUUGACAAGCCAAAUCAGCCUGCUAAAUGAUUUCUACUUCAUCUAUUUUUUGUAAAUAAUAGUUAUAUACAACUUUCAUUUAAUAAAUUCAAAGUUCAUUU